UCAGCCCUCGCGGAGACGAUGCAUCUAAAACCAAGCUCUUCAAACUUUUCUCUUAAUUACUCCUAAAAGGGUUGCUUAGAAUUUUCUUUCUCAAUUUAGAAGUUUGAGAAAUCCCUGAUAAGAUGUACUGUUCCCUAAAGUUUAUAUUAAUUGUAAUUUUUUUUUGCUGCCUGCAUUCAUCGAGCAUGGAAGAGAUAGACCCUAGUAAGUCUCCUAAAAUCAACACAAUAAUUAUGUUCUGCAUUGCUGGCGGUAUCCUGGUGGCCAUGCUUGUGCUGAUGGGUGUUGUCAUCUGUCUCUACUACAAAAUAGCCAACGCAUUGAAAUGUUCAAAGGCACCUCUGUGUUUGGCCUUAAAAAAUAAUUCACCCCUGGACAAGGUCGCAGCUGCAGCCAUCACUGCUGGGUCCUAUCCCAACCUCCAAUGCUGUGACGAAUGUAGCUUGUAUGCCGACUUUGAUUCCCUGCCACCGUGCUUCUGUGACGUAAACGAGGGACUCUGACUUGGGUGGGCACAAAAAUCUUCAUGUGCAGUAUUUCUUUCCUAGUAGAAUGUUUUAUUAUUCAAGUCAAGUUUUAUAGU